GGGCCAUGGAGGAGGAGCGGGGGUCGGCGCUGGCGGCCGAGUCGGCGCUGGAGAAGAACGUGGCGGAGCUGACCGUCAUGGACGUGUACGACAUCGCGUCGCUCGUGGGCCACGAGUUCGAGCGGGUCAUCGACCAGCACGGCUGCGAGGCCAUCGCGCGCCUCAUGCCCAAGGUCGUGCGCGUCCUGGAGAUCCUGGAGGUGCUGGUCAGUCGCCACCACGUCGCGCCCGAGCUGGACGAGCUGCGCCUGGAGCUGGACCGCCUGCGCGUGGAGAGGAUGGACCGCAUCGAGAAGGAGCGCAAGCACCAGAAGGAGCUGGAGCUGGUGGAGGACGUGUGGCGAGGGGAGGCGCAGGACCUGCUGUCCCAGAUCGCCCAGCUGCAGGAAGAGAACAAGCAGCUCCUCACCAACCUCUCCCACAAGGAUGUCAGCUUUUCCGAGGAAGAGUUCCAGAAGCACGAAGGCAUGUCAGAGCGGGAGCGGCAGGUCAUGAAGAAGCUAAAGGAGGUGGUAGACAAACAGCGCGACGAGAUUCGAGCCAAGGACCGGGAACUCGGGCUGAAAAACGAGGAUGUCGAAGCUCUGCAGCAGCAGCAGACGCGGCUGAUGAAGAUCAACCACGACCUCCGGCACCGGGUGACAGUAGUGGAGGCCCAGGGCAAGGCCCUGAUCGAGCAGAAGGUGGAACUGGAGGCCGAUCUGCAGACCAAGGAGCAGGAGAUGGGCAGCCUUCGGGCCGAGCUGGGGAAACUGCGGGAGAGGCUGCAGGGAGAGCUCAGCCAGAACGGGGAGAAGGAGCCCGAGGUGAGUGGGGAGUCGUGGGCAGGGCUGAGCCAUUGAGGGCAAGGCUGCCUU